UUAAGAAUAGGGACAUUAGUAUUCAGAAUUUCUUUAUUAAAUUAACUUUUUAGACUUUUUUUGUUUACUUUGAUGAAUUACUUUCUUUUUUAUUUUUUAAAGUAAUUCUUCAUGAUUAAAAUUCAAAGGACAGAAUUUGAUUUUUACUUUAUUAUUUUAUUUUGUUUUUAACAUAAUAUUUGUUUUAUUUAUCUAAGGCGUGGUGUAUCAAAAUGGCUGAUAUUUUUCUUGGAUCCGUAUUGAUGUUAUUUUUAUUGUUUAUUUUUUCAUUUAUUCAAAUGAAAUUGGAUGAUUCUUAUCGCGACUGCAUAAGGUUCAUCCAUCUAAAAUGCCAUUAUCCUCUUCUUUUUCUUCAUACUACUUUUACAUGAACUCAUGGAUGGUGCUAAUUUUCCGUAAUGGAAUUUUACACAAUUAUGGAAUUUGGGACCUAUGUGCUUUAGCAUUCUCCAAUAUUUUGCGUGUUCCUUGCGUUGAAGGUUUCAUCGGCAUUCAAAUAAGUUACUAUUUGUGCAUACCAAUUCUGCUUUAUCAAAUCUGG